UAAACAAACACUGCCACGUGUUAUGUAGGCCACAAAAAGCGCUGUCUUUUCUAUACCCUUUCAGUUGUGUCAUUCCUAGUAAAAAUGCGGGCUGUGCUGUUAGCGGCUGGUUAUGGUACAAGACUAGAUCGUGAUUUACGGAAUGAUGAAAGUGGCCUCUACACACAUCUUAUUGGCGUCCCAAAGCCUCUGCUUCCAAUUGGCCCGCACCCACUCCUAAGUCACUGGAUCCACAUCUUUAAGCAGUGCAGUGCAAUAACAACCAUUGUGGUGGUGGUAAAUGAGCUGCAUAAAGAACUAUAUGAGAAAUGGGCAGCAUCUCUUGAUACCAAAGUCAGUAUUGUAAGUGAUGGCUCUGUUUGCAAUGAUCAGAGGUCAGGGGCUGUUGCAUGUAUGCAGCUUGGUUUGCAGGAGAAGAAAGAAGAUACGCUGUUCAUUGCAGGGGAUACCUUGUUAAAGAAAGAUUUUUCUUUCGGUGCUGUGAUAUCAGAAUUUUGUAAUCUUCAAACGAAAAAUGAAGGUGCCUGCUUAAUACUAAGUGCACCAGUUGCUGAAGAAAAUGUAUCAAAACAUGGGAUAAUAGAAGUAUCAGACUCAGGAAGGGUGACCAAGUUUGUUGAGAAGCCACAACCAACGGAAACUAUGUCAAGGCUCCAGUGUCCAUGUUUUUACAUUAUUUCAAGAGAAAGUUUACAGCAUCUUGAGGAUUUCUUAGAAGAAAUGAAAGACAAGCCACUGAAGACACGUGAUGCAACAGGAACUUUUGUAUCCGAGCUUAUAAAUCGAACUCCUGUCUACGCCCAUCAUGUCAGCCAUCGAUAUGAUGUUGGUAAUCUUCAGUCUUAUAUUCAGUGCCAUGAAGACUUUCUAUAAAAAGUAUGACAAAGUAACUCAAAAGAUGAAUUUAUGGGGAUUUAACUAAAGUGCGAUAAUCAGUAUAAUAAUAAGAAUAAGACAAAAUCAAAUAACAAGUUGAAAUAACUUUUUAGUAGGAAAAAGAUUGAACAGUAAAGCUCAAAGUGAUAUCAGGGAUAUAUAUUUAUUUUGAUUCUUCCUUUUUCUGUAAACACUCUUGUUUACAUCUGUUUUUUCUGUAAAAACUUUCAUAUUUUUUGUUGUUAAAUUGACCCAAGAAACUCAAAAAUAUGUUUAAAUUUUUCAAUAUGUCGAAGGGCCAGGGAAAACUGACUCAAGCUCUAGAGUUGGCUGCUGAUUUUUUAACAGUUUUUAAAUGGUUUUAUUGUGCAUUAUUGUCUUUAUUUCCUUUUUUUAAUGAGCCAUAACUAAGCAGCAAUUGUUCAGCAUUAAUCUUAGUGUAUUUUACUACAAUUAUUAUAAAAAUAAAUAACUACUUUUAAACAGUUGACAUAUUUAAAUAUUUAUUUAUUUAUAAGCUUCCAAACUACAUUUUGUUAUAUGAGUGUAGAGUUUAUUUUUUUGCAAUUGAGUGUUGUUAUUUUGGGGGGGUUGCUGAGGUUUUGUGAUAUUGGGAUUUGAAUGGAGAAUAAUGCCUGAUAUUCCAGGUAAUGAAGUGGCUUUAGGUAUGGUAUACAUAGUUUUAAAUUUUGUGCUAAAGCAAUCCUGGCCAGUUUUGUAAAUUAAAGAUACAUUUCUCAAUGUAGCUAUAUGAUUUAACAUUAAGUCAGUCUAUACAAAAAUUCAAAACUUGGUUAUAAUUGCCUUCACACCCAGUGUAUAAGCUUUAGUGAAAGUCAGCAACAGAGCAAUGUUAUGCUAGGUUAGGUAGUUAGCAGUUGACUUGUACAGAGGAAGAAGCUGUUAUUCAUACAGUGUCAUUAGGUGUGUCGAAGCUUUAAAAUUUGCACUAAUGCUAUAUAUACUAUAAUUGUAGUCACUGGCUAUGAAGAAAUAAAGAUAUUUUUUUCUUAC